AUGACUCAGCAGGACGCACAGGCGUCACCAGACGUCAUCAUAGGGCUACACAUUCUUUUGUUGCACUUAACCCAUAAUGUUGACGUGAGACUCACGGCUCUGCGUGAGGAGCUUUCUAUUUCUGUACCCACGGGAGAUAUUUUUAUGGUUGGUGCGGUUUACAGGGAUAGUUUGGUGUUAGUCGGAGAUAUAUUCCUGGAGGCGAACUUAAUCCCUUUGGAUAUCGUGGAUUUAGAUGUUAUUCUGGGUAUGGAUUGGUUAGCCAAGCAUCAUGGUUCGAGUUCUUCCAUCUUGCCUCAUUUCAGCCAUGACGGUGAGACGUUGGAAGAUAUUCCGGUGGUAUGGGAAUUUCUGGAUGUGUUCCUAGAAGAUCUUCUUGGUUUACCGCUUGAACGGGAGAUUGAAUUUACUAUUGAACUCGUCCUAUGA